GGAAGGAGGUGUGGUGGGGGGGGAGGUUUUUUGCAAAAAAAAUAAUAUGAGCUACCACAAGUUUAAAGUAGCUGUAAUAGGAGCUGGAGCAGCCGGACUCUGUGCUGCCAGUCAUGUCCUGAGCAGGUCGGAGAAUUUCCAUCCUCCAGUGGUUUACGAGAUGUCCGACUGUGUGGGAGGCACUUGGGUUUACACCGACAACGUGGGACGCAAUGACUAUGGUUUACCAGUACAUUCCAGCAUGUACAAGAAUUUGAGGUCAAACCUUCCGAAAGAAAUAAUGGGUUUCCCAGAUUUUCCAUUCGAUACUCAGCUUCCUUCCUUUGUUAGUCACAACGACGUGAGGUCAUAUCUGGAGCAGUACACCGAUCAGUUUGGAAUUCGAUCUCACAUAAAAUUUUGCACAAAUGUUGAGCUGGUGAAUCCGAUUUCUGGAGCCAAUGGAGAUACUAAGAAUCUGUGGGAAAUAAUAUCCAAAGAUCUGAGAAGAGGGACCCAUUGCACAGAGAGAUUUGAUUCGGUUCUGGUUUGUACUGGCCACUAUUCUGACCCUUACAUCCCACAUAUCCCUGGCAUCGAGCAUUUCAAAGGGCAAACGAUGCACAGUCACGAGUUCAGAAUAACUGAACCUUUCACUGGAAAGAACGUGAUUCUUCUGGGAUGUGGACCAUCUGGGAUUGAUAUGGCACUGGAACUGUGCUCAGUCGCAAAACAGGUUGUUUUAAGUCAUGCAAAUUCACUACUAACAGCACCUCUGCCUCCAAAUAUCCUCCAAGCAAAAGCUGUGGAGAGAUUUUCAGAGACUGGAGUCAUCUGCGGAGAUAAAACCGAAUAUCCUGCAGACAUAUUCAUAUUCUGCACUGGUUAUAAUUAUUCUUUUCCUUUUCUCUCAAGAGAAGUGGGUUUAGAAGUCAGAGAUCACAGGGUUACCCCACUUUACAAACACAUUGUUCACACCACUUUUCCAACACUCUUCUUCAUUGGGUUAUGUAAGACAAUCUGUCCCUUUCCUUUUUUCCACAUUCAGAUCUCAUUUGCUUUAGCAGCUCUGGAUGGCACACACAAGCUGCCAUCAAAAGCAGAAAUGGAUGCAGCAACAGAGGAUCAAUAUCAGACCUCUUUACAAAUUGGGAUCCCUCACAGACACUUUCAUAAAUUAGACAGUCUUCAAUGGAGUUACAGUGCUGAGCUGGCCCAGUUAGCUAAAGUUGAUCCAUUGCCACCAACCAUAAGAAAAUUGUAUGAAGAAAACAAAGUAAUAAGAAGGCAAGAUGUGUGUAAUUAUAAAAAUUAUAAAUAUGAAGUAAUAGACCAUGAGAAAUGGAGAAUAGUGAAACCAAAAUCAUUAUAAAAUCAAUGAUAACAGUGAUUAGGAUUCCAUUUGUGAGGCUGCACCUUAUUUUGCUUGGAAUGUAUUUUUAAAACUCUGUUACUUCCAAAACAAUUUAAUGUAUAGAAUAAUUUUCAAAUAGGAACAGGAUAAGAACAGUACAGUUGAUUUACAUGUUUGCUUUCUGCAAACCAAGAUUUAGCAUUGAUAGUUUAUGAAUUAUACAGUGAGUACUUCUGUAAUCAAUAUUUUUAGAAGCCUUUUUCCACUAGAUAUAUUCACAAUUUGCCCAACAAAAUACAUUUACAUUACAAUGUCAACCUCAACCACUAGUGAUUAAUAUUAUAUACAAUAUAUAAAUACCCACCCACCCACCUACCCAAAUACCCACCCACCUACCUAUCUCAUUAGCAUUGUUUCUCCACUUGCCUUUUAUUGUGGUAUCUAAAUGUCUGCAAUCAGUGUUAUAGUUACAAUACCAAAUGUGUUAAUAUGGUAUUUCUUGUAUGUACUCUUGCAUUUCUAUUAUGUAACCGGUUAAUCUCAUAUAAAGUACCAUAGUUGUACUGAACAUUAUAAAAUACUAUUGGAGUGAAGCCUUCAGCCAUUUUGCCACAACCCUCUGGAACUCCAUCCUGAAGUCCUCUGUCUUGUGUCUUCCAUUUCCUCUCUCAAGGCCUGUCUCAAGACCUUCCUCUUUGACCGUGCCUUUGGUCAUCUUCCCACCUCCACCCCACUUUGCCCCCUCUUGAUUCCAACCCCUACCUUUGAUGCAAAUCCUUAAUUGCCCAGUGCCUAGGAAUCUCCUAUAUAAAUGCAAUUUGUUGUUGUUAUUGUUGUAUAAGCUUAAUGGACCACAUACCUCUAUGAUUUAAUUUCUAUAAUUUCAUAAAUAAACGGAAAAACACAUUACUAUGAUGUAUGUAUUUCUCAAAUGUGCAAAAAGAUAACAUCAUUUUAAAGGAUUUUCCCUGGAGGUCAAAGACAGACUAAAGUCAGAGAGAGAAAACGAGGAGAAUGGAAGUGGAAAGUAAUUCGGGUCAGGAUCAUGGUUACAGAUCACUGAUAUUUGACUAAAUAAAAACUUGACACAAAAUGUUGUAUAAUAAUAAGGGAAAGGAACAGGGAAUUGGAAAUCUCUGGAGCCACCUAUUCUAAUUCACCGUUUGUGAAAUUGUAUGAAUAAAUAUGUUUACUGCUCUG